AUGCCCAGCGGCGGACCACCGACCCUUGUGCGCACGACAAGUCUUCCUCAGAGCGGUUCAGGACUUGGGCUUGGUGGAUCGGGCUACCCACCCUUUGCGACGCACCACAAGGCCGUCCUGAAUAUCCAGGGCAACCUGGAGACCAUGGCCACCAGCUGGACAGAGGAGGAGUGGGAGAACAAGAGGCGGAUCGUCAUGUUCAAGAGGUCUCAGAACGGCAACAGGCUGAACGCGACGUUCCGCGCGGUCCCCGUCAACGAUCGGCCCCCCAACAACAUUUACAUCAGCUGCAUCUGGUGGGAGGAGAAGCAGGACUGUUUUGUCACCUCGGUGGACACGAUUCACCUGCUGGAACAGCUCGUCGCGGCCCCCAACAGGUUCACGGUCGAGGAAAAGAACCGCAUCCGGCGCAACCUCGAAGGGUUCAAGCCCCUGACGGUCAGCAAGGCAAAGGCAGAGUCGGAGGACUUCUUCAAGAUCAUCAUGGGGUUUGGGAACCCCAAGCCUAGGAACAUCGAGAAGGACGUCAAGGUGUUCCCCUGGAAGAUCCUAGCCCCGGCCCUCAAGAAGAUCAUCUCAAAGUAC